CUCAAUCCUCUUUGGGUUACGUCUUCGUCGAGCAGUGGAAUGAAAAAAAAGUUAGUAUAAAUGUGACACAAAAUCCAUUAAAGUAGAUAAAUUAAGAGUGACACCAGUCCUACAUAGAGUAGGAUAAAAUCCUCGUCAACCAUGAAUCCAUCAAUAUCGAAGAAGAUACUGCAGUUCGAGGCCUAUAUAAACGACACACUGAAGUCUGACCUGUCAAAAUUAUCCCAAAAACUAGACGAGAAGAACUCCGAAGUCGCUGAAUUUCUCCAAUUGAAAAGCAUCAUCACGACCCUGAAGAAUACAAAAUCAAGUGAGACUGGAUUUAAAACAAAAAUUGAUAUUGGAAAUAAUUUUUUUGUCCAGGCCAAAGUCGAGGAUGCCUCGCACAUACUCGUAGACGUCGGCCUAGGUUACUACGUAGAAUUUAGUCUCGAUGAUGCCCUAGUAUUAAUCGAAGUUAGAAUUAAACUAUUGGAUUCACAGCUUAAAAAUCUAAGAACAGAAAUCAGUAAAACUAAUGCACACAUUAAACUGCUUUUACUAGGUAUCAGAGAGUUGCAAGGGAUCAAGUAAAUACAUUUUUCCAGUGACAGAACAUUCAAUUCUGUACGAAUACUCAGUAAUUAAGGCACCUAAUAAACUCAUCAAACACAUUCCCCUCAGACUUUGUAUUUAAUAGUCUCGAGAUAAUCACUUAUGCAGAUUCUCAAAAUCAGCAUCUCUGGCAACUUUCAUCCACUCAGAGUCUCCCUCACUCGAGCUAUUGCCAGUGCUUGUGCAUAAAUUACUCUCGCUCUCAUCAAUGAUGAGUUUCAAUCAGCCACUUAGUCUCUCCAUCCUGAAACUUCGCAUUAAACUGAUGAAAAUUCCCAACAAUCCAAUAAACCAGAACAAAUCACCGAACAAUCAACCAAAACUCCACUCAAUUCUCAGCAGUGAUUGUAUUGUAUCAUUAAUUUCAAUUGUAUUAUCAUUUAAGUUAUUUUAUUUCUCAU